AUGCCACGACAAAAUACCUUCACCGUGGUGCCCAACCCACUGGGCAUGCAAGGCCUGAUCUCGCGCGACGAUGCCCCGGCUACAAAACCCCAGGCGAUGACCUCCAAACAAGCCAAGAAGCUGUACAAACAAGCCACGAAGCAACCGAAACUCUCCAAAGCCGAGCAGCGUCGACUGGAGUUGGAGGAGCAAGAACGAAUCCGCAAAGAGCUUGACAAGCAGAAAUCAGCCAACAAGGCGAGGAUUGCGAGAGAGAAGAAGAAGGCAAAAGAGUUGGCAGAGAUACAGGCGCGGAAGAAGAAGGGGUUGCCGCUGGUGGAUGUGCAUCCAAGUCAGGGUACGAUUUUGCGGUUCGUAAGGGUCGGCGUGGUUAGUACGGCUACGAAGAGGGAUUCGAGUGGGAAUUUCAAGGGCAAGGCUGUGGAGCAGCAAAGCCGGACUGUUUCCCCGGAGAGAGACCAUUCGAAUAAGGAGAAUAUUCCGGAUGUUGGGGAAGAGGCGGUUGAGAGUCCGAGAAAGCGACCACGAUUAGACGAGAACCCACCGAAGAGGCCAGAUAGGCUUAUGAUACCUGACGAGGAGAACAUACAACGGGAGGGUCCAGCCACUAUCGCCAAUAAGGAGGACAUGCCACGGGUGCAGGACAGGACAGGGAGUACCAGUCAGCAAAACUCUCAGCCACUGCAGUCAUGGAAAGCAGGCUCUCAGUUGAACAGCAAGACGAGUACACGUACGGAAUCCAACAACGAGAGGCUGGAGACUCCUGAGGAAGUUGUGAUGGUUGUGCCCAAACCAACAAGGCUGCAACCGGACAGGCACCUAGAGGAUAUGGGUUUAAGUCGACCGCAAUCGGACGUGGGAGCCUUGCAACCGAAAGAACAUGGUAUUGUUCCUUCGAAGUCGGCGCCGGCUAGGAAGGUCGUUAAACCACUACCGACUGGCAUGCGCCCAAGACCUGCUUUGGGGGAAACUGACGGGAAUCGGUCCACUCCACCAAAGGUGUCCAAGGAAACAGUGCCACUACAAGGCUAUAAGAAGCAGGAGCUCUUGGACCAGGAGAAGCAGCAGCAAAUGCCAAAGGACAACUCUCAACCAAAACCUAGAGUCUCUACGCCGAAGCCUUCGGUGGCUGAUGUAGCUGCGGAAGCGGCCAAAUCAUUUCCGUCCCCUCAACCCCAUGUUGCCCCAAUGCCACCACCACCACCACGACCCUCGGUGCCUGCUCGUCAGCCUUCAUAUGGUGCGAGACUAAAUCCUUCGGUACCCAAGCAUCCAGCCACAGCUCCUGCAAACCCACUCAAGCCGUCGUCUACGGCGGCCAAUCCCCACAAGUUCGCUUCCCCAUACAGACCUAUGGGUCCUCCAGCCUUUGUACCACAACGUCCCUCGCCUGGUCCACCAAGCUUUAAGCAACCUAUGGCCAGACCUAGCAGCGGGGGUAUUCAUAAGCCCAAAUUCCUUCCCAGGAACCACCUUCAAGCGACGGCUUCAGGAGCGUCUCUUUCCAGGAACAACAGCAAGAUGGCAGCAGGCCAAAACGUCAAUACGCCCCCAACAAGCACCCAGUUAUUCGUCAUGUCACACCUCGACGACCUCCUCCCAAGUCCAUCUCAAGAGCUUCGAGAAUUGGAGGAGGACAUUCAGCCUACGCCCCUAUCGCGCCCACCGGCCUUCAUAUCCUUGCCUAAUAAGCGAGGACGAGUCCCUGAGGCUGCCCCCAAAUCUCCUUACGCACCAGGACCAAGAAGGUUUACCCGUCAAACGUCGCAUGUCCAAAUCGCACCUCCGCGGCCUCGAAUGCAAGAAGUCAAGCCCGUCGAUGAUGACAUCUUCCCCUUUCUCUCCACUCAGGACUUGCUCUUCUCAUCCCAGGACAUACGGGAGCUGGAAAGCGAUACUCCCAGCAAGGUUAACAACCGAAAGGAGAGUUUCCAGCCUCCAUCCUCGAAGCCAUCACCCAAGACGGCCUCUCCGUCACCUUCGAUAAUAUCUAAUCAAGGACAUCGUCCAUCUCACACAGCGAGUGCAACACCGGUCCCGAAACCCGUACUCGCGAUGGUCUCUGAGAAACAGCGGGAAGGAAUACAUGCUCCCUCGAACCCCAGCCCGCUGGCUUCCGCGUGUUCAACUCCCAAAGCAAGCCCGCCCAUUGGAGACCAGCAACAAGCGGAAAUUCCAAACCCAAGUUUGCCCACUGCGUCAGCCGCCACUCCUCCCGCCCCCAAACCCACCCCUCCGCCUCGAUCCCCGUCACCUCAACGUUUCUUUGGCUCCAGUGGCGUAGGCAUGCAAAUCCUACUCGCCAUGGCAGAGAGCGAAAAGACCUUGAGGGAGGACGAAGAACGACGGCAGGAAAAGGCGCGUCGUGAAAAGCUAGCCGAGGAGAGGCGCAAAAAGGCAGUGGAGGAAAAAGCCAAAAAGGCAGCGGAAGAGAAGCGCAAGAGGGAAGCAGAGGAGAGAGCGAAGGUGAUGGAAAGGCUGCGGCGUCACGGUGAGGAAAUCGCCCAGUUGAAGAUUCCUUCGGCGAGAAGAGCAGAAUCACCGGCAGUGGGAUCGGAGCAGAGGCCUGCGACUCAGGCAAAGCAGCUGCCACGGCAAAGUAUCAAGCAGCUUAUACCUUCGAUUAGCAAGGUGAAGAGGCCAACAGCGGGGUGGGUGCCGGCGCAAAGGCCUAGCAUGGCGAAGCCGGUCAUUCAAACAGACCGUCCACAACAUCAACCGCCGCCGCCGCCGCCGCCGCCAAUGUCCGACGUUCAUGCGCAACAUCGGCCCCAGCAAGCACCACAGGUAACCAAGACAUCCUCAGCUCUCAAGCCAAAGUCCAGCCUCCCAGGACAGUAUCAGAUACCGCAGGUCUUGAAGGUGCCCCCUGCGCCAUCCCAAGAGACGGACUACGGGGAUGAAGACCUGGAUGGGCUAGGUGAGUUGGGAGGUAUGGGCCUCACACAGUUCCUGGGGCCAGACAAGGAUCUGUCUUGGCUUGAUGACGAUGAUGAUGAUUUCUGAUGCUGAAGAGGGUCGCAAAGACCCGUCAAAAGUGACGUUGGUAGAAGCGGCCGGCUCAUUAUCAUUUUGGGCCCGUUUACCUAUUGUUUCUUUAGCUAUCCGAUAUACCAGUACUGAUUAGAUGCCCGACAAAUGUCAUUUCAAGUUUUUCCGUUCCAGGCCUUUGAGCCCGUUGUGCCUUCCAAAAUUUCAUUUGCAUGGAUGACCAACCAGUUUGCAUGCGACGAUGUGAUAUGGCACAUAUGGAAAGAGCGAUGCUGGUGGAGAGGAGUAUGGUUACCUGCUGAGAUUGCUGGGCUUCUCGAUCUGAGAACGAUUUUCUCCCCGAAACAUCUUCUUCCAAGCUGCUCAACGGCCGCGACACUCCGAGCGACCUCCAUUACUUCCAAACCCCACUUUGUUUACAUCGCCAGGAAGCACUUUCAACACCAGG